UUCUGCAAUACUAGUUCAUUCGGCGGGAGUUUGUUUUUUUAGAUGGUCUUCCAACCAAACAUUUCCUUUUCUUUUCCCAUCAUUUCCUUUAUUUUAUCCCUUAUCAUUGCUUCUUCAUCUACAAAAUUGUGGUCAAAAUGAAAAUCGUCUCUCGGGUCUUGAAAACAAACCUCUAAAAUAUUGUCUUCACUUGCAUCACCAUUACAUUGUUGUCCCAUGUACUAGUAUUAUAUUAAAACCUAGUCUCAUAUCUAUAUCAAGAUUAGAAUCCAGUGCAUCUAUAUAAGGGUUACAAUCUAGUCCAUCUUCUACUACUAUACUACAUUAAUGGUCCCUCCAUCAUAAUUGUUUUAUUCCAAAACAGUCAGUGGUCUCUACUAAUAUUUGUUUUUUAUUUAAAAAAGAAUUAGACAGAAACAGGAGGAGCCUGGAGGGAGUGAGGAAGAAGAUGGAGAAAGAGAAAGUGAUGACUGUAAUUUACGGUUGUGUUAUCGUAACCAUGGACGCUGAUCAACGAGUUUUCAAAGACGGUGCCAUCGUUAUUCAUCUCGAUCGAAUCAAAGCAAUCGGACACUCCCAACAGAUUCUCUCCGACUUCUCUCAUCUCGCCGACCACCUCAUCGACCUCACCGGCCACAUCAUCCUCCCCGGACUCAUCAACACACACGUCCACACUUCCCAACAACUCGCCAGAGGCAUCGCCGAUGACGUUGACUUAGUCACAUGGCUUCACCACCGCAUUUGGCCAUACGAAUCCGCCAUGACCGAAAACGAUUCCUAUCUCUCUACUUUACUAUGUGGUAUCGAACUCAUUCACUCCGGUGUUACCUGUUUUGCUGAAGCUGGUGGUCAACAUGUUUCUGGAAUGGUUAAAGCUGUUGAGUUGCUUGGUUUGCGUGCUUGUUUGACUCAGUCAACUAUGGAUUCUGGUCAUGGUUUGCCUUCUUCUUGGGCUGCUCGUACUACUCAGGAUUGUAUUCAAUCUCAAAAGGAUAAUUAUCACAAGUACAAUAAUACAGCUCAAGGUCGCAUUAGAAUCUGGUUUGGAAUUAGACAAAUCAUGAAUUCUACACACAACUUGCUUCUUCAAACAAGAGAUGCUGCUGCACAACUCAACACCGGAAUACACAUGCAUGUUGCAGAGAUACCGUAUGAGAAUGAACUAGUUGUGGAUGUUCACAAAGUUAAUCAUGGAACUGUUACAUACUUGGACAAGAUACACUUCCUUCAAAAUAAUCUGUUAGCAGCUCACUCAGUUUGGGUGGAUGAUAAUGAGAUAUCUCUUCUUUCAAGGGCAGGGGUCAAAGUAUCUCACUGUCCAGCUGCUGCUAUGAGAAUGCUUGGAUUUGCACCUGUAAGGGAGAUGCUUGCUGCUGGCAUAUGUGUCUCCUUGGGAACGGAUGGGGCUCCAUCAAACAAUCGCAUGAGCAUUGUGGAUGAAAUGUACCUAGCAUCUCUAAUUAACAAAGGACGGGAAGUUUUUGCCAAUGGAACUACAGAUCCUACAGCACUGUCUGCCGAAACUAUUCUUAAAAUGGUCACAGUUAAUGGUGCAAAGUCAGUAAAAUGGGAUGAUGAACUAGGUUCUCUUGAGGUUGGGAAAAAGGCUGACAUUGUUGUUGUCAAUCCUUCCACUUGGUCUAUGGUUCCUGUUCAUGACUGGGUGAUAUUGAUAAUCUAUAACGCAUCUCCAACAUGGUUUAUUGCAUGCGAACAGAAAAUGUGGUUUCUGUUAUGUGCAAUGGUCUGUGGAUAAUGAAGGACAAAAAGAUUGUCAACGUGGAUGAGGAAGAAGUUAUUUUGAAAGCAAAACAGGCUUCAGCUGAACUUCUGAAAAGGGCAGGCAUAAAAUUACCAACUAGAAUGAACUUCAUUUGAUUGUUGUUUCAUAAACAUUGUCUAUGAUAAGGAAUAUAUGUAAUAAUAUAAGCAACAAUGUAUAUCCUUGUCUAUUAAACUUGUACCGGAGGCGUCAACUGUUGUUUUAUGAUGCUUGAGCUUGAGCCUACGACAUUUUGCAAGCGUACGCCAGUGACUGUUUUUCCGCAUUGGAUGGGCUGAUGAGCAUAAGGCAGCUCGAGGAUGAUGAGCAUAUUACAAUAUAUGACCUAUUGGAAGUUGUCAAAAGACAAGCCAUUGUUGAUUCUAUGGUAGAUCAUCCAUGCCUUAAAGUUGAACCAAUGAAUUUCAUAGGUUUAAAGGCGUGACAUUUGUAUUUUGAUGUAUCUUAACACCAAAAGAAGUGUUGGAAUGAGAAUAUUGAUUAUUUCCUCGAA